AUGGAUUUCAACAGUUGGACGGUAACAUCAUUUGGUAAUCAAUCAGUAAAGAAGAGCGAUGUACUAUCACCAUUACCUAAUACACCUAAAUUACCAAGGAUUAUCUUGCGAAAUGCCAUGGGGUUUGAAUUGAAAACAGAAACAUCUUUUCAAAAUGCAAUUUAUCGAGCUAAAACAAAAAUAUUAGAACCAAAUCGACGUUUGACUGACAUCGAAUGGCGAUUACCGCAUGCACCAGUUCCAUCACGGCCAGAUUAUUCACGUUCAUUAGAAUAUGAUGAUUUUCGUUCAAUGAAAAAACCACCAAAAAUACCUGAUCCACGCAAAGUCGAACAUAUGGAUAUGUCAUUUUGGGAUUAUCUAUUACCUGAUAGAAGAUUGGAUCAAGCCACAGUUAGCUCUCGAACGUUACGAAAAUAUUAUAGGAGUAUGGAAACAGUACCACAUCCUGAAUUUAUGGAUAAUUUUGAUUCAUUCAAAAGUGUCAAACAACUGUUUUUAUCGAUUGUAUCAACUUCAUCUUCUCUAGACAAAUUAGUUGAUAAUUUUGGAUUUGCAGAUAAUCGCAAGAAAAUGAUUGUAACACAAGUGCUUACAAAUUUACUGCGAGGUAACUUUUCUUCAUUAGAAGAUAUACCAGCCAGUGUUCGAAACGAAGCUUUAUUGGAUCUAGCAAAAUUAGCUGGUGAUGGAAAAUUACCGAUUGAAAUGCAACAAAAAGUAUUUGCUGAAUUAGCAAAAAAUUUGCAUUCAUUACCACCAGAGAUGCGAGCAAAAGUGACGGAACAAUUGAUCAGAUCUAUCGAAAGUGUUCCACCUGAAGCUCGUGAACAAGUUAUCCAACAUAUACUUAGUAACAUGGAAACUUUAUCUGUAGAAGAUCGUCAAAAAGUUUUGCACGAUCUUGUUAAAACAUUUUCCUCAAUGCCGGCCGAAAGUAGAAAUGCAUUUGUGGCCAAAGUUAUAGAAAACAUUGAUAGUUUACCACCUGAUGCUAAAAUACAACUAUUACAAGAUCUCUUACGUGAUGCUGACACAAUGCCACCAGGAAUGCGUGAUAACGUUUUACAAACUCUUCUCGAUAGUCUUGACAACUUACCACCAGAAGAACGUCAACGUGUGCUAACUGAAUUAACACAAAAUCUUGGUACACUUCCAGCAAAUAUUCGCCAACAAUUACUUGACAAAUUAUUGGAAAAAUCUGAAGAUCUACCAGCUGAAUUACGUGAUCAAAUGUUUGCUGCAAUAUUAAAAAAUGUUACUGGAAUGCCGGAAGAUUUAAGACGUAAAAUAGUUGUUGAAUUAUUAAAAAACGUCGACAAUAUGGAUCCAACAUUACGACAAGAUGUUAUGAAAGAAAUUCUCGAUAAUUUAGAUUUAAUUGAUGAGGCAAUGCAUGCGCAAAUAGUACAAAAUUUUGCUCAAGCAUUGGAUGGUGUACCAUCUGAAGAACGUGAUGACUUACUCAAGAAAAUUAUUGAGAGAACUUCAAAAUUGGCCGAUCCAGAAAUAAAACGGCAACUUAUUGAAGACAUUCUACGAAAUCCAGCGAAUCUAUCUGCAAAUGCAUUUCAAGAAUUAGUUAAAAAUGCUGGUGACUUACCACCGGAUUUACAACAACGCCUUUUUGAACAAAUUUUAGAAAGAAAAGGUGAUUUACCACCGGGUGUAUUUGAAGAAAUUCUUCGACAAAAUGCUAGUAUACCGCAAGCUAUUAUUAGUCAAUUAAUUGGAUCAGUUGAUAAAUUAGCACCAUCGUCAUUAGCAGAAUUAGCUAAACAUCUGAAUGUUUUACCAGAAGAAGUACGAGCAAAGUUACUUGUUGAUGUUAUGAACAAAAUUGACACUUUUGAUCCUGAACAAAAAGCAGCUUUUAUUGGUGAAAUGUUAAAAAAUCCUGCAACGCUUAAUCCACAACAGUUAGAUAAUUUAAUGAGAACAUUAAAUGAACUUGAUCCUGCAUUAAAAGAACAAGUUAUGCAAGGUUUAGUCAAUGAUUUGGAUAAUUUGCCACCGAGUGUUAAAGAAAAAUUGAUUCAAGAUUUGCUGAAUAGCAAUUCUGAUAUAGAUCCAGAAACUCGUGCAAAAAUGUUGGCCAAAAUGUUAGAAAAUCCCGAUAGUUUAACUCAAGAACAACGAGCAAAAAUUAGCAGUCAAAUAAUGAGUGAAAUUGAAAAUAUAAAAGAUCCUGAAGUAAAGAAAAAACUUAUCAAUGAUAUGUUAAGUAGUGGACAAGAUUUAUCACCAGAAAUCAUGUCUCAAUUAAUAUCAAAUAUUACCGAUUUACCAGCUGCUGAACAAAAAGAAUUACUAAAACAAAUCUUAGACAAAUUUGAUGAAUUACCUCCAGAAAUGAAAGAGAAAUUAGUUGAUGAUUUACUUAAAUCAGCAGCAAGUAUGCCACCGGAAGUUCAAAAACAGAUGAUUUCUGAUAUAUUAGAGGAAAUGAAAGAUUUACCACCUGAGGAACGUGCUAAAUUGAUGGAAAAAGUUCUCGAUAAUCCAAAUUUAGAUCCAUCCGUACGAGCAAAAUUAAUGGAAGCAAUGCUGAAUCAAGUUGAUGAUUUACCACCUGAAGAAAGACAAAAAUUAUACGAAAAAAUGCUAGAAGAUGUUGAUCAGCUUGAUCCUAAGACAAGAGCAAAAUUAAUGGAAGCAAUGCUAAAAAAGGCUGAUAAUUUACCGCCUGAAGAAAGACAAAAGUUACUCGAUAAAAUGCUUGAAAAUAGUGAAAAUCUAAAUCCUGCUAUGCGAAACAAGUUAAUGGAUGAAAUGAUUAAAAAUAUUGAUCAAAUGCUGCCAGAAGACCGAGAAAAAUUUCUAGCUGAUCUUGUUAAUGAUCCGAGCAAAAAAGAUUUAUUAAAAGAUUUACUUAGCAAUGGAAAAAUAAGUAGUGAAAUGAAACAGAAAAUCGUAGAUGAAAUGACAAAAAAGCCAAUUGAUCCAUCGACAUUACUUAGUGUACUUAAAAAUUCGAAAGAAAUUCCGCAGGAAAUUCUCGAUAAAGUCAUUGAAAGUGUUGAAAAUAUGUCAGCAAAAGAAUUAAAUGAUCUAGCAAAGAAAUUAGAUACUUUACCGCCGGAAAUGAAACAACGUGUUAUGAAAGAAAUGAUGCGCAAAAUACAAACUCUUGAUCCAAAACAACAAUCAAAUAUUAUACGAGAUAUGUUAGGAAACGCUUCUGAUAUAGAUCCGAAAGUUAUAGCAGAAAUAAUCAAAGGUGUAAAAAAUUUAACUCCAACAGCAAUUAAAGAAUUAUUUACUAAAGCUGAUAAACUUCCACCUGAAGCAUUAAAAGAAUUAUUGAAACACAUGGAUGAAAUUCCACUAAAUGUUCUUGAAGAUUUAGUUAAAAAUGUCGACCAACUACCGCCUGAAGUUAUUGCAGCGUUACUUGCUUCAAACAAUCUUCCACCAGCUUUACGAGAAAAAUUGUUGCAUGAAGUUACUACAAAUAAGAAAUUGAAAGACAAAUUACAAAGUUUAGAUCCAUUAUCAAAAGGUGUAGAAGGUCAUUCGAAAAUUGUACCGAAAGCAAAACCAGAAACCAAAAAACCUAAACUAGAUUUACCACCAAUUUCAAAAAAGAUAUCAAAAAAACUCGAAGAUCUAUAUGGACGUCUAUUUGGUAAAGAGGGUUCUACUCAUCUUGAUGCUGAUUUGGAAGUAUUAGCAAAUAUUGAUGAAAGCGAAUUAGAAGCCUUAUUACAAGAUCCAGAAUUUCUUAAUUUGGAUCCAAAUCUACCACCUGAAGUUCGUCGUAAACUUAUUGAAGACAUAAGAAAAAAACGAGCUAAACAACGUAUUAUCGAAGUACCACCGUUAACAAAAGAUAAAUUACAAGAAAUCGAUGACCCAUUAGAUUAUCUUUACAAAUAUUGCAUUAUACAUCCGGAUCGUAUGGCUAAUUAUGAACGCGUCUUUUUAAAUGCCAUUAAAAAACAAAAACCCAAAUUCGAAGGUCAAAAUCCACCAGAAAGUACAACGAAAUUAAUUAAUUUAAAACGAACGCACGCAGAGGGUGGCUCAUGGACGAAUGUUGGCGGAGGAAGAUAUUUAAAUGACCCGAAACAAUAUCAUGCACUUGAUUCAAGCGAUGAAGAUGAAGAAAAUGACACUCCAAAUAUAAGUAAACAGCGUGUUGGCCCCAAUAUGGUGAAUUUCGAAAAAGAAAUACGUGACGCAGCUUUUGAUAUGGAUGUACCACCAAUGAAAUCCGAAACAGCUCAAAAACUUGAUAAAAUCAAUUUUAUUAUUGAUGAUCUUCGAAAGAAACAAGUUGAAACUACUCAAGCACUUCAAAGUGGAACAGAACAACUCAGUCAAUUAACAGCUGCAGCUAUUAUGGAUCUUUAUCCUGAAAUUCUUGAUCCUGAAUAUGAUCCAAAAAAGAAAAAACAAAAAGCAACCGACAAAACAAUUGGUGAACUGAAAAGCUUCGGAUCGUUAUAUACUACCGAACAAUUAAUAACUCGACUAUCAAAAAGUCAAAUACAAAUUGUUGAUGGUCAAACAGAAAUCAAACAAAUAAAUGGUCAAAAUAAUUGGAGUAAAAAUAAAUUAGUACAGCUACGCAUGAGAAUUGAUAUGUUACUUGGUGAGCGUGACGCUCUCAUUGCUCGUGAUCAAGAAGAGCGACAACAAACGAUGUAUAAAUAUAAAAAAGUUGAUAAAUUUCGUCGUCUACAAAGUCCAUUAUGGAAUGCAUUACAUCCAACUGUUGAUUAUGAAAUGAAUGUUGAAGAUAUUGAUAAAGCACUACGACAAAUCAAUGGAAACUUGAUCUCACCCAAAGAAUGUCAAUAUAUUAAAUUUAUUCUUAAAAUUCCUGGUGUGAAACGAAUUAAUUUGAAAGUUUUCAGCAUAAUUGCUGCCCUAUCAGAAAAAGUGAAUCAAAUUGAGCCAUUUGUUCGUAAACUGAUUAAUAAAUUUGAUUAUGAAGCACUGGACAUUAAAAUGUUAAAAGCUAAAGAACUAUUUUAUCUUAUGGCAGAUAAAAGUCAAAAACUUGCGCCGAAAGGUUAUGUACCGCUUCGAGCUUUAUGUGUUGAAUUGGCUGCAGGUGGAGUUGAACGUGAUAAUAUUGAACAUUGUAAGAAGAAAUUUGAUCGUGAAGGUAAAAAUUACGUUGAUUUCAUGGAUUGGCUUAUUUACGUUCCAUUAUUCGUUGAAAUUCAUACAAGAAUUGUGUCCAAUCCAUUUCUUCGCUAUGAAGAUCCACUCAAACCACCAAGAGAAACCGAAAAAUAA